AUGUGGAUGUUUUCUUGCCACAGAGCCACCUUUAUUAUUUUGACCGUGGUUGGUUUACACAUAGAAGGAAAGACCACUCUACCUACCAAAUUUACUAAGAAAUUUCUAUUCAAGGAAAUCCCAAAUGGGUUUGGGAUUUCCACGAACCCGCCCCCUGAAGAAGAAAUCCAGUACGUGGAUAUGACGGAAACAGGAGACAUGACCGCAGUACCCUCUACAGUAAACCCUGCCUUCCAAACAGCCACCACUCUCUUCCCUUUGGAAAAUUUCACUCUUGACUCAGCUGACUUCUUCUUCAAUUGCUGUGACUGCUGCACACCCGUUGUCGGGCGAAAAGGAGAAGCAGGGGUCCGUGGAUUACCAGCCUAUCCUAGGCAAAACAGGAGAAAACAUUUGAAGUGGUUUGUAAAUAUGGGAUUGCAAAAAUAUAAUGGAAUGAAAAAUGCAAUGUCACUUUUGCUUUUUUGUGUUCAAGUCCUUCGUUCUAAGGGAGAUAAAGGAGAACAUAGUGAUCAAGGAAAAAAUGGAAUUCCAGGGUAUCCUGGGAAACCUGGGGAACAAGGAGAUGAAGGCUCUAAAAGAGGUAAAGGAAACUCUGGUCCAACUGGAAUCAAAGGGCAGAAAGGCACCAAAGGGGAGACCUGUGACAAUGGUACUAAAGGAGAUAAAGGAGACACUGGGGAUGUGGGGAUGUCAGGAAAAGUGGGAGAAAUGGGAGAAAAGGGAGAGGUAGGGGAUAAAGGUUACUGUGGUGACUCAGGAGAGAGAGGUGGGAAAGGAGAAAAACGUGAAGUGGGAAUGAGAGGAGAAAAAAGCAGCAAAGGCGACACUGGAGUUCAAGGCAUCGGUGGUUUUGAUGGCCAGUGUGGGGCAAAGGGCGAUCCAGGGGUCAGAGGGGAAAAGGGAGACUUGGGGCCUCCUGGCCCUAUGGGACCUUCUGGCCCCAAGGGGAGUUUGGGAAGCAAAGGAGCCCGAGGGGCUGUUGGGAGAAAAGGCUCUCGAGGACCCAGAGGGUCCAAAGGCAACAGCUCGAGGGUCACCAGACCUGCCUUUAGUGCCGGCUUGUCGAAGCCCUUCCCUCCACCCAACAGCCCUAUUAAAUUUGAAAAGAUUCUCUUCAAUGAGCAGGAAGACUACAAUCCCAUCACCAGGAAGUUCAACUGUAGCAUCCCUGGAACUUACAUCUUCGCUUACCACAUGACAGUGAGAGGCCGGCCUGCCCACAUCAGUCUCGUGGCCCAGAAGAAGAAGCUGGCCCGGACUCGGGAAACGCUCUCCGGCCAGGAGCUGGACCAGGCUUCCUUUCUGACCAUUCUGAAACUGAAUGUUGGGGACCAGGUCUGGCUGGAAGUGGGGCGAGACUGGAAUGGGCUGUAUGUCAGCACUGAGGAUAACAGUGUAUUUACUGGCUUCCUUUUAUAUCCCGAGGAGACUUUGGAGGCCUCACAAUGA